AUGACCUCAUACUUGAUGGUCAUGCGUGCGUUGCCGGUGGCAGUGCUGAGGCUGCUGCUGCUGCUGCUGCUGAGAGAAGCUGGUGAACAUGACUAUGAUGCCUCUUACAGGCUCAGCACCCACUACGACUUUAUCAUUGUGGGAGGAGGGUCAGCGGGGUGCGUGCUGGCAUCAAGACUGUCAGAGAUAGCAGGGUGGAAAAUACUUCUACUGGAGGCGGGAGAUACUCCUCCUCCAGAGAGCUACGUCCCAGGAUAUCACCAGAUGGUGCUACUGAGCAAUGCAGACUGGAACUACUACACCACUCCACAAAAGAACUCCUUCCUGGGUUACGUCGAUCAUCGUAGCCCAUAUCCACGAGGUCGGGUCAUCGGCGGGACUUCAGUCCUAAACUCUAUGUUCUACGUGCGAGGGAACAGGAGGGACUACGACAACUGGGAGGCCUUGGGUAACCCUGGCUGGGGAUACAAGGACGUUCUUCCUUACUUCAAGAAGUUAGAAGACUACAGGGGCAGGGUCACCAAGAAGACAGCAUCUCUUCAUGGGUAUGGCGGACCGUUGACGGUGGAGAAUAAACGAUGGAAAACCAAACUGCUGGGAGGUUUCUUAAAGGCUGGGAAACAGUUGGGGUACGAUAUAAUAGACCCCAGCAGCCCUGACCAGUUAGGAUUCUUUGAGGUAGAACUGACAACGAGAAACGGCAUACGAUGGUCCACCGCUGAGGCCUACAUCAAACCUUCAGUCUUCAGACCCAACCUAGACGUUGUGCUCAACGCACAAGUCACUCAGAUAUUGUUUGACGACGACAAGAGAGCUGUUGGGGUUCGCUUCUUACACCAGAAACAGCUGAAGUCAGUGUACGCCAUUAAGGAGGUGGUGUUGUCUGCUGGUGCCAUCGGUUCACCCCAGUUACUGAUGUUGUCAGGUGUUGGACCUGCUGAUCACCUUCACCAACACGGUAUUCCAGUAGUGGCGAACGUUCCAGGAGUGGGCAAAAACCUAAACGAUCACCCAUUCGUUACCGGACUCUCCUGGACUGUGAAGAACGGAUCUACUUUCCAAGUAUUAGACACUACCAGCCCUGAACUCCUGCGGCAGUUCAUCCAUCACAGAGAAGGAGCGCUGACACUGGCGGUGUCCAGUGAAGCCUACGCUUGGCCGGUGACAGGGUCUGGAGACCCUCUCUGGCCGGAGUUACAAAUAGCCUUUACUCCUCUUACUCUCGGUAGUGAUUUCGGACUGGUAACCCCAUACAUUCUCGGCUUCAAGAAAGAUCUUUACCAACAAUACUUCCACGGUCUAGGAGGUCGGGAGGGGUUCUCCAUAGGUCCUUUUGUGACCAGACCCAAGAGCAGAGGCUCCGUCACCCUCAACUCUGCCAACCCCCUGGACGCACCACUCAUCGAUACUAACUACUUCGAUCAUCCGGAAGACAUUGCAGCCAUGAUCAGAGGGUUAAAGUUCUCCCUUAAACUUGCAUCGAUGCCAGCAUUAAAGGAGGACUUCGAUGCUGUGUUCCACGACCGUGUACUACCAGGGUGCGAGCACGAGGUUCUCUACUCGGACAAGUACUGGGAGUGCUACAGUAAAGUCCUCGCUGGUACCUUGUACCAUCCCUGCGGCACCUGCAAGAUGGGCCCAGACUCUGAUACCUACAGCGUUCUUGACGAACAACUCAGGGUGCGUCACGUGGCUGGCCUGCGUGUUAUAGACGCCUCCAUCAUGCCAGUGGUCACCACAGGCAACAUCAACGCACCAACUAUCAUGAUAGCAGAGAAGGCCUCAGACAUGAUCAAACUAUAUUGGGACGCUCCCAUCACAUUCUGA